GAAGCCGAUUGGUCUCUGCUUUUCCUUGCCUGUGGCAACUGACAGCACCUCCCAGCCUAGCAGGCCGGCGGCCUGCGUGCUCCCCCAGCCAGUCGGGGGGUCUGGGCACUGCAGCAGGCUCGGCUCUGUCCCAGCGCUUGCCUGGGAGAAAAGUCGUGUACUCACCCAGAGAGAAUCUCUCUUUCUACCUUCUUUCUCUCUUGAUUUCUCUGUGUGCUUUUGUGAUUCUUUUUCUUUUCUUUUUUUUUUUUCUUGUUUUUACUUAAUUAUAUUCCUAAUCCUGGAUGAAGUUGCUGGAUUCUGCAGCACAAGUCUUCAUGAACAAGCAGCACCGCUCAGAGAUUUCACGGCAUUCAAAGGUCACAGAACUGCCACUAUGGUUAAAUGUCUUGUUUAAUGGUUGAGGUCUAUCCUGAGUGCUACCAUGGUGUUCAGAAGAGGUGCUCGGCAGAACAUUAGAGAUUGAAGAAGACCUCCAGGAGGAGCAGGUGGUGUCAAAGCUAGGUGUGGCGAAAUCUUGUUUGAAAACCCUGAUCAGAAUGUCAAAUGUGUUUGCAUGCUAGGAGAUGUACGACUAAGGGGUCAGACGGGGGUUCCUGCUGAACGCCGUGGCUCCUACCCAUUCAUUGACUUCCGCCUACUUAACAAUACAACACACUCAGGGGAAAUUGGCACUAAGAAAAAGGUGAAAAGACUGUUAAGCUUUCAAAGAUACUUCCAUGCAUCGAGGCUGCUUCGUGGAAUUAUACCACAAGCCCCUCUCCACCUGCUGGAUGAAGACUACCUUGGACAAGCAAGGCAUAUGCUUUCCAAAGUGGGAAUGUGGGAUUUUGACAUUUUCUUAUUUGAUCGCUUGACAAAUGGAAACAGCUUGGUAACACUGCUGUGCCACCUCUUCAACACCCAUGGACUCAUUCACCAUUUCAAGUUAGACAUGGUGACCUUGCACAGGUUUUUAGUCAUGGUUCAAGAAGAUUACCACAGCCAAAACCCAUAUCACAAUGCUGUUCAUGCAGCCGAUGUCACCCAGGCCAUGCACUGCUACCUGAAGGAGCCAAAGCUUGCCAGCUUCCUCACGCCUCUGGACAUCAUGCUUGGCCUGCUGGCUGCAGCAGCACACGAUGUUGACCAUCCAGGAGUGAACCAGCCAUUUUUGAUCAAAACUAACCACCAUCUCGCCAACCUAUACCAGAAUAUGUCUGUGCUGGAGAAUCACCACUGGCGAUCUACAAUCGGCAUGCUUCGAGAAUCAAGGCUUCUUGCUCACUUGCCAGAGGAAAUGACACAGGAUAUUGAACAGCAGCUGGGCUCCUUGAUCUUGGCAACAGACAUCAACAGGCAGAAUGAAUUUCUGACCAGAUUGAAAACGCACCUCCACAAUAAAGAUUUAAGACUGGAGGAGGUACACGACAGGCAUUUUAUGCUUCAGAUUGCCUUGAAGUGUGCCGACAUUUGCAAUCCUUGCAGAAUCUGGGAGAUGAGCAAGCAAUGGAGUGAGAGAGUCUGUGAAGAAUUCUACAGGCAAGGUGACCUUGAACAGAAAUUUGAACUGGAAAUCAGUCCGCUUUGUAAUCAACAGAAAGAUUCGAUCCCUAGCAUACAAAUUGGUUUCAUGACCUACAUCGUGGAGCCACUUUUCCGGGAGUGGGCCCGUUUCACAGGCCACAGCGCCCUAUCUGAGAGCAUGCUACGCCAUCUCUCCCACAACAAAGCCCAGUGGAAGAGCCUGUUGCCCAAGCAGCACCGAAGCAGCAGCGCGGAGCACACAGGCCCAGGGACUGAGAACCAGGAGCAGACUGGGACCGAAGGCGACGCCCCGUAGUCCCAGCCCCACUGCCCCUGCUCCACACAGACCGAAGGAGAACCUCCUCAAGCAGAGGCCUCCUGAGAGGGUGGCAGC